AUGGUUGCCGCUGGUUUGCUGGAGGGUCUCAGGGCCGGAUAUAGUGACGAAGAGGUAGAGAAGUUUGUCUGCAAUGCUUGCCUCAGCGCAAAGGGCCAUCGUCUUCCCUUUCCCGAUUCGGAUUCGCACUCCUCAGAGAGACUCGGCCUUGUACACAGCGAUGUGCUUUCCUUCCCCGAGCGGUCCUUGACUGGCAAACGUUACCUGGUCACAUUCCUUGACGAUUACUCGCGCAAACUCUGGGCCUACGCAAUCGGACACAAAAGCGAAGUCUUCGGCAUAUUCAAAACUUGGCUAGCCGAGGUUGAACUCGAGACGGGUGCGACGCUGAAGGUCCUCCGAACCGACAACGGUGGCGAAUACUGUUCGAGAGCGUUCACAGAGUUCUGCAAGACACGAGGCACCCGUCGACAAUACUCUAUCCCACGCACGCCUCAACAGAACGGUCGUGCAGAGCGGGUCAAUCGUUCCAUUGUCGAAGGCGUCCUUGCCCUCCUUGUCGACGCCCACCUACCCAAGACAUUCUGGGAGGAGGCUGCAGCUUAUUUCGUUUACUGCAAGAACCUGUGUCAACACGCGGCCCUGGACAAGGCAACACCAAACUCCGUCUGGCAGGGUGACCACACCACUGCCUCGGCGCUUCACCCGUUCGGCUGUACAGCUUGGCUUACGGUCGCGCCCGAACUUCGCUCCAAACUCGACCCGAAGGCGGUUCGCGUUUUUUUCACCGGCUACGACCUGGCUUCAAAAGCCUUUCGCUUCUACGACACUACAACACAGAAGAUUAUACUUGGCAGAAAUGCCACGUUCCUCGACACUGAAUUCCCCGGAUUACAUGGCGACCCCACUGAGCAAGACGGCGACACGCACUUCGCCAGCGCUCCCACCACCGAAUCUCAAACCGUUGUCAAGACAUGGACCCCACUAGUAAGGUCGGCGCACAUGGACGUCUCAUCCCCCCUUGAUGAUUCUGCCAUGAGCGCCGUUGACGUGGCCCCAGGGUACACUGGCGGAACCUUACUUAACUUCACAGAUGCCGAAUCGUCCUCGUCACCGUCGCCUGCGUCGCCCUCAUCACCGUCGUCUGCGCCAUCGCCUGCACUUUCACCAUCGUCGGCUGCGUCAUCGUCACCCUCGGCCUUACCGACCGACUCUGAAGACUCCGCCGAUCCCCUCGACCUCCUCGGCUCACAGCCCCAGGUUCGCCUCGAUCUACAGGACGUGCACCACCCAGACUUCAGCACGUACCGCGAGCCCGCAUCGGCUGAGGAGUCGCCCGACGAACUCGACCUCAUUGGGCGCCACUCUCGCGACGAAUCUCCGGACGAAAUCGAUUUCCUCACCCGACACCACCGCGCCUUCAUCGCCAUCGACGACGACACCUCUGACACAGAGGCAAUUCAGCCAGUCAAGUCCAUCACGAGCGACCCACAGACCUGGCGCGAGGCGAUGUCUAGCGACAAGCGUGAAGUAUGGGCCAAAGCCGCCACCGACGAGUUCACCUCCAUGCGCGACGACUUCAAGGUCUUCACCAUCGAGGACCGAGCCACGGUGCCCGCGGGUGCGACUAUCGUUACAUCCAAGUUCGUCUGGAAAACGAAACGGAACGCACUCGGCGAAGUCACUGGACACAAGGCAAGGCUGGUCGCGCAAGGCAAUCGGCAACGCGACGGCAUCGACUUCAACGAAACGUUCGCACCGGUCGCACGCUUCUCCUCGAUACGCUCACUCCUCGCGCUGGCGGCCGCCAACGGCUUGCACGUGCACCAGGCGGACAUCGACAAAGCAUAUCUGCAUGGCGACCUUGACCACGACAUCUGGAUGACGGCACCGCGCGGCUUCGACCUUCCCAGCGACAAGGUGCUUCGCCUGCGACGCUCCAUCUACGGGCUCAAACAGGCUGGCCGAAUCUGGAAUCGACACAUCGACGCUUCGCUUCGGGCCCUCGGUUACACGGCGACGGGCACCGACCACUGCGUAUACUCUUGGCUCGAUGAUCGUCAAUGUCCACACUACAUCGCACUGUACGUCGACGACCUCCUGAUGAUCAGCCCGGAACUGGCCGAAAUCGAACGUGUCAUCUCAGGCCUGGACCAACGCUACGGAGUCAAGCGCCUCGGCCCGGCCGAGUAUAUCCUCGGCAUCCAGAUCAGGCGGUUCGACGACGGCUCUAUCGCCCUAUCCCAGGAACGGUACAUCAUGGACGUGCUCGCUCGGUUCCACUUCGACACCACGACUCGCGGCACUACAGUUCCGAUGACUCCCGGCCUUUCGCUCACUGCUAUCCCGGGUCAAGGCACCGAACGGAUCAGGUCAUGGUAUCUGCAGGCUAUCGGCUCGCUCCUCUACAUUUCGCUCGGUACCCGCCCUGACAUCGCCUUCGCCGUGUCCUACCUGGCCCGCUUCGCCAACAACCCCGGUCGUCGUCAUUGGAUUGCGGUCAAGCACAUCCUACGCUAUCUCCGGGCCACGUAUCGCAACGAACUCGUGUAUGCUCGCGGCCAGGCUCGCAUCACGGGUGUGGUAGGCUACUCCGACGCGAACUGGGGGGCCUGCAUCGACACAUCGGUGUCCACCAUGGGCUACGUCUUCUACAUCGCUGGCUCGGCCGUGUCCUGGUCGUCCAAACGCCAGUCUCGAGUUGCCGAUUCGACCACCGACGCUGAAUACCUCGCCCUCUCGCAUGCUGGCAAGGAAGGGAUUUACCUCAGUCAGCUGCUCGAAGAGCUCCAUGUACAACCUGUUGCACCGGCUCACAUCUUUACUGACAACGAAGCCGCUGCUGCAGUUGCUCACGAUCCUGUCCGCGUCUCUGGCACUCGGCACAUACGCUUGCGUGAGCACUUCGUUCGGGAUAUGAAGGAACAAUAUACCACUGCACCAAAAGGCGAGGCACCUCUACUUCAGUGA